AUGCUCUCUCAAGUUACUCCCUCAUUGCUCCCGAAAGCCUCCCAGACUCAGCUUGAGUCUGCGCCCCAUCCUAUCAGCCACUCUAUUCAAGCCACUUACACUGGACUUCAAGGCGACGCUUUAGAGUUGGCUGAGCUUUUCAAAGGCGCAAAUCUGCACAUUCCCAAUCUCCUAAAAGUGUUUGCAGACUGGCCGCUCGCCACAAGUGCUCACUUGGGGAAGCUGAGAGACCUCUUCAACACAACCUUGGAUUGGAUUAUUCCUGAUGAAAAGAGACGAACUGCAUUGAAGACAGCUGACUUAGGCCGACUUAUAGCCGUUUGGUAUCCAUGGUCCGCAUGGCCUGAGCUGGAGGCAUUAAGUCUCCUGGCACUGUGGCUGUUCAUCUGGGACGACGAAAUUGAUGUCAUUGAAACUGAUGUCUCAAAGAGCAAGAAACUGGCGCAAUUGCAUUAUCAGUCGUCGCUGGCUUAUAUUCGUCGGGCGCUUGACGUAAAACGUACCGAUGUGAUUGACGAGAGCCUUGCUCCUACCAAUAUGGCCUUAUUCGGCAGAUUUGGUGACCUCGUGCGUGAUUCUAUGGAUUUGCGACUGCGAGAGCGUCUUUCAACGGAGCUUCAUGCCUUUGUUGCCCACGUCGCUGUAGAGCAGGAUUAUCGCCUUGAUUGCAAAGUUCCCUCACCUGGGCAAUACAAGAAUAUCAGGCGGGGUACCGCCGCUGUGAUGCCUGUUGUGGUUUUAGCAGAAUACAUGGUUCGAACUCAAGUACCGGAAACACUCCGAGGUUCUCUUGCCUUUGAGAUUUUAAGUAGAGAGACAACGGAUUUGAUCUGGUUGAUCAACGAUCUCUAUUCCUUGCCUAAAGAACUGGCCGAUGGUGCGGUACUGAGCAUUGUUCCCGUAUUACUGCAUAGUAAGUCUGGCAUCUGGACUCUCGAUGCAGUGGUUCAUAACAUCAUGACGGAAAUUAAGAGUUCUAUGGAGAGGUUCGAUAGCGCAGCGAAGGAGCUGAUGGAGAUGGCAGUUGGGGAUGUCUCCUUGGAAGUCGGGGCAGAUGCCUUCAUCACUUACUGUCGCCAUCUUGUAACUGGGGUGGUCAUCUGGAGUGCCCAGUCUCCUCGCUACGGAAUGCUCAAUUGUACGAACAAUGACGGCACCAUUAGCGUUCAGCUCUAA